AUCCGUAUAGAUGGUUGCCUAAUAAUGUUUUUAGGUUAAAAGUGUACAUUCAAAUUAAACCUUUGAAAUAAACUAUACUGCUUUUUAAACAUUAACAAAUGCAAAGCAAAUUAUGGCUUUAAGAAUUGCAAAUCUAUUAGGACCUCGUUUAUUAAAUGAGCCCCUUGUUGCUCUAACCGUGUCCCGCUCCCACGACCAAUUUGUGCGUCACAGACAUACAAAACACUGGAAUCCCAAAUGGAAAACUCUUCGUCGCCAAAAAGUCAUGAGAGUAAAACUACCAAAUUUCCAAGAAAAACCAGAAGAUCUCUCUGAAGAAGAGAUACGUUCACGAUUAAAAGAACAGGGAAUUUUACCGCCACGUCCUUGGAACGAAAAACCGUUUUUCCUCAGUUGCACAGGUGGAAUUUUUGAAGCGUAUGUUCCACCAGAAGGUGACGGCAAAAUUUCGCCUAUCCAGGUUCAAGGUGCCAAGCAAAAGCUUCAGUACCUGGAGAAGAAGUCAAGAACAAUGAUGGCGAUUCGUAAAAUAAAGUCGUUUGAAGAGGAAUUUGACACCGCUACGUUUUGUAAAGAAGCUGAAGAUAUUUACGUUAAAAUGCACGACCUUAUGGCUAAGAGAGAUCUCGAAAACAUGACUGAUUAUGUCACAGAACGUGCGUAUCCUGAGGUUAUUCAUAAUAUUGAAAAUAAGACGAUUCAUUGGAAGUUGAUCAAGAAUAUUGAGUUACCUAGAGUUGUACAUGCAAGGUGUACAGACGUAAUUACUAAAGAAAAUAUUUUUGGACAAACAACUGUGAGAUUUCACACACAACAGAUGUUGGCAGUGUAUGAUCGUUUUGGACGAUUAAUGCAUGGUAGUGAAAUCAUAGCAAAGGAUGUCUUAGAGUAUGUUGUUUUUGAAAGACAUUUGGCCAAUUUGUAUGGUAAAUGGAGAGUUCAUGGGAAAAUAAUCCCGGAUUGGCUGCCCCCAAAAGAACCAUCCCUCAUUACAUAUUUAAAACCCGCUGAAGAAACAAGUACCACAGAAACAGCAGUUACUAAAACUUCUCCAGACACGGAACAGGAAAUUCCGAAAGAAAGUAACACUUAAAAAACAUACAAAAAAAUAUAUUUUAAAUAUUAAAUUAGAUCAUAAUAUACAAAAUUCCAAUAAA